AUGUUGCAUCGAAUUCCCGCAGAGGUACAUCCAGGGGAUCUGAAGGCCUCCGUGGAGAGAUAUUUAAAUGAGUUGCUGGAACCAAUCAGGAAAGAGUUUGAAUCGGCAGAGAACAAAAAACUGGUGGCCCAGGCUUAUCCAGUGGAGAAGAAAAAGAAACCCGGUCAGCAGGGAGGUGAAGCGGGCGGCUCCGAUGAACUGGUUCCCUCUCUGUUAGAUCUACGAGUCGGCAAAAUAUUGGACGUCAAAAAGCACCCUGACGCUGAGUCACUGUACGUGGAGACAGUUGACGUGGGGGAGGGUGAACCGCGGACCGUGGUCAGUGGAUUGGCGGGGCUCUACCCCAUGGAGGAUCUACAGAACAGAAUGGGGGUGUUCCUGUGUAACCUGAAGGCUGUCAAGAUGAGGGGCGUGGUGUCACAGGCCAUGCUCAUGUGUGCCUCAGUAGAUGACCCCCGGGCCGUGGAACCCCUAGACCCCCCUCAAGGUAGCACCCCAGGGGACAGAGUGAUGUUUGAGGGACAUGAGCAGGGAAAACCAGAGGAGGAACUCAAACCCAAGAAGAAAAUCUGGGAGAAACUACAGGUGGAUUUGAGAGUGAAUGAGAAAAGUAUAGCAGAAUGGCAGGGCAAUGUAAUGAAGACCAAGCUAGGGAAUGUUACAGCCAGCAGUCUAAAGUGCGUACCGAUAAAGUGACGGAACAAGCCUGAAUAUAGACUCAAAUUAAUACAUGUAUCUGGAAAAAGUGCUCCAUUAUUUAUUGUUUCUGACUGACAGAAACCAGUUCUUCAAGACAUAUUCUAUCCAUGGGUUUUUUUUUUUACACCAGACUUUUUCAUUUUCAGUUCUACUCAUGUAUUUUUUUUAAGGUAGGGGGAUUGGAGUUUGAUUUAUUAUUGAAUCAGAAUGUGAAAUGAGAGACCCUUGAAUGUUUUCUGGAGGAAAUUUACCCAUGAAUAUUUUGCUUUCAUGAAGAAACAAACUUUCUUUAUAAAACAAGUAUUACAUGUAUUAUUUUGUCAUGCUCAGUAGGUAUUUUUAAUGUCCUAUGUAAUACAUGUACAUGUUGUUUUUACUUCGCAAGAAAGUUCAUGCACCUGAUAAAGGGUCAUAUGUUGAAAAUAAAUUUUGUCAAGCUAUUUUGAGAUAAAAUGAUAUUCGAUGAUUUUAUUGAUUUGUAAUAAAACAUGUGUCCACCUGUA